GUAUUCUCAUAUUAAUUUGUGGCCCAUCCUUUGUCUCCUUCAUCAGGUUAAAGCUUCUCAUCCACUUGAUUCUUGUUCUUCUUCACCACGAUUCUUCUCCACUUAUUAUUCUCCUCCCACUGCAUCUUUUAUGUUCCUGUUAACCAUCUCUUCACAACCAUAUGCAUAAUUCAACAUUUCAUUUCAUGUCUCUUUAAUAAGAUAAUUCAUCUGCACACUUUGACAGAGGGAGACAUGUUUAUGGAUUUGCAUACUGAUGAUGAGACUAAUAUGGUCAUGAGUUUUUAAUUUGUAGUGCUAAUUGCACCAAAAUACAUAUAUUGAAGUAUUAACUAAUGGCCGGAAUAUUACCGGGGGUUGAAUGUGCUCGAAGAAGACGAUUUCAUCAAACUGAUUCUUAUAGUUCAGUAAUAGGUACAAAUAGUAGUAACUGUCGAACAAGACGCUACUCGUUUUGUCUUUAUACAAGCAGCAGCAAUGAUACUCAUCCCAAUUCUUCUUCUUCAACCUCAUCUUCCCUGAAAAGAAGUAUAUCAAAUCAUCAAAAGACCUUGGAGCAAGAUGAGAAACUUGAAGGUGGUGUUAGAGAAGCAAAAGAACGAUUGCAUGAAAAACUUCGAAGCCGAAGUUAUUCAUCAUCGUCAUCAUCAUCAAAUUCAAUACCAAAUAAGAGGUCCAGUAUUGAUAAAGAUGAGGAUUUAAGGUUAGUAAUUGAAGGUCAUUUAGAGAAAAAGGCGAAGAAGAAAACUUGCCGUAGUACUACUAAAUAUUCAUAUCUGUCAAAGAGGACAUUCAUGAGUUGGGCAAAGUUUGGAUGGAAAUCAUCCCACCAAGAAGUAUGUGCAGUUUGUAAUUUUUAGUCAGAACUUGAUGAACCUUAAUUCCUAGUACUGUGCACAUGCUAGCUGCUUGGCACUAUGGCUUGAGACACAUGCUCAUUGCCCUUGUUGUAAACUUGGAAUAUUAGUAUAAUGGUAAUCUUGAUUAGAUCGUAAUUCAAAUGACAUAAAAAUUCCAGUAUCUUA